AUGCCGUACCAGGGCCCGAACGGCUACCAGCCGUACGUACCGCCGCCUCACCUCAACUAUGGAAGUCGCGGGAUGGAACAGAAUGGGCAGGCGCACGUCUACCAUACGCCCGGACAGGCUGCGUAUUCCCAGCAAAACCAUAUCAGCAUACCUGGGCCCCCGCCGCGACAACAGCAGCAGCCGCACCAGCACCAGCACCAGCACCAGCACCAGUAUCAAGCGCCGCAGAUCUACUCCCAACCGGCGUAUUCCACGCCGCAGUACUACGGCCAAAACCAGCCGACAUCCUUCUACCAGUCGCCCUCACCGUCUGUCCAGCUCCAGCAGCGUCCCCAGCAGCCGUAUCUAUCGCCGCCCGCCCAGCAUAAUACCAUUCAAAAUUACGGAUCCUACUCGCCAGACCCACUGCAGGACUCUCAUCCACCACCUCAGUCGUACCGAGGAGCGCAGACGCAUCAGCCGCCACAGCAAUAUCGAUCCUCCCAACCCGCGUAUCCACCUUCUCCGAGGCAACCUGUGCCAUCACCGCAAUGGUCUAGUUACCCAACUUCUACCAACGCUCGGCAGGACAGUUCAUCACGUGCCGCCAGAAACUCGCAUGUACCGCUGCAGCAUCCUCCGCCGCCGCCGCCGCCGCCGCCGCCGUCCCAGCAGCAGCAGCGUCCUUCUCCACAGCAAAGACCUCAAUCCAUUUCCGGGAGACCAGCAUCAACUCAAGUUCAAGCGCCGUCUUCGAAGUCCCAGCAGAGACCUUCGUCGCAGCAACAUCAUUCUUCCAACCAAUCCCGGCCUUCUCCCUCGCGACCCCAACAGCCAAAAACACAGUCAUCCUCCCGGCAGUUGUCGUCCAAUCCACCUCAAAUCCAAGCACAGCGAUCGACCCCUCAGCAGGUGUCUCGAUCGGGAACUGACUCAAGCAACGUGCAGACUUCGAGGCAUGACUACCGCUAUCAGAACGUCGAUGCGGAUGUAGGCCAGCGCAGAACAGCGCAUGUACAACUCCCCGUUCAUCGAACUCAAACGUCGUCCGAAGACGAAUCCAUGGCUCGAUCUAAUAAACGUAGAAGGUCUAACGAGGGACGCCCUGUUCCCGUUGAUGAAUCAGCGCUACAGUCCCAGCAGCGACCUCAUGCUGCACCGUCAGUCACGAAUCCGAUUCCUUCGGCUCCGAAGCCAACGCCAUCUUCCCAGGCUCAACCGGCCUCCCGCCCAGCGACCAUCGACUACCAAGCUACUCUCCUUGCACUGUCCGACGAGUACAUCAGUGCAGCUUACAGCAUGACAGGAGCUCUUGCUACUGCAGAGGUCUCUGAUGAAACGCUGGACGAGUACCAUGCCCUGUUGUCGACUGGCAUGGGAUGUUUGGACUCCGUGAUUAGAAACUACCACAUCCCAGAUCCGCGGAAAGAGGCACGCAUACGGCUCCGACUUGCCAGCUUGCUGUACGAAGAGACCGAUAACGACAUGGAAACGGAGGAAAUCCUGAGCAAAGGCAUUACCAUCUGCGAGCGAGCCAGGCUGAUUGACUUGAAGUACGCCAUGCACCACCUGCUUGCCCGUGUCUGGUUCAAGGGAGACAACGCCAGAGCAGCCACGAAGACUGUAGAUAAGCUCAUUGUGGAGGUCGAGAAGCUGAACCUGCGGCACUGGAUUUACGCUUUUCGCUUUUUGCGGGUCUCAUUGGGCUUGCAGGUGGAGGCGACCCACGCAGAGUCUUCCGCGAUAGUAAAGCAUCUACAAGCCAUUCAAGACAUUGGCUCGAGAAAUUACCACGUCACGGUCCAGAUUGUGGCAUCCGCACUCGAAUCAUUGGUGCACCUCCGUACCCGCACUCCCGAGAGCGUGGACCUGGCUCAAAGAGCCAUGGCGGCAGCAAGGACGCAUCAACUCACUCCGGAAAUGGACUCAAUGCCACAGAUCAAGGCUCUCCUGAACUGCGUCGACUUGGCCUGCAACCUUCAGAACUUCAAUCCGGAGCAGGCGGGCGCCAAAACACAGGUCAUGCAAAAACAUCUGGAUGCAUCGUCUCGAGACGUCGCAUGGCGCAAAGACGGGAUCUGGCAGGUGCCACUAUGCGCGAAGCCAAGCUCGUCGGGUGACAUUGAUGCUGAUACCGGUGGUUUGCUGAAAGAUGACGGCAUGGGCGCGUAUACUCUUUCUUUCAUAUGGUUGACGCACACUCAGCUGUUCACACUUGGCUUCUUACUCAGCGGUCUCGCUUCCCUGCAUCAAAACGCUAGCCACGAACAAAAGGCAGAAGAGUUUCUCCGCGAGGGGAUCAAGAUGAGCAAUCAUCAAAUCGAUGCAGUACCACAAUCAAUGACUGCUGCUUCGGCACAGCACUAUCAGCAGAGGCUGAUGCGACUGAUCUUGCGCUUGUACGGUGCCUUUGGUCGUUGUGGUCGCGCCGACUUCGAAUUUGCCUGGAGAGGCGUAGAAAGCAUCCGCAAGGAGGUCCAGGAGCUGGAAUUUGGGCUGUCUGAUGAAAUUCUUUGCCUAGUCACAUACCUCGAAGCAGUCUGCAAGCACGGCUUGGGAAAUCUUCAGGGAGCUCUGAAAAUCUACCGCUCUGAUGAGCUGUCGCUAAAUCCAUCGGAGUCCAGGCUGGUCACCUCGACCACUAAUCCUAUCAAGGUACUUGCGGUGCUGAAUAGCAUACCAAUCAUGCGCUUCAAUGGUGACAUCGACGACUCUGAGCGCCUCCUCACCACGGUUCAAGACUAUUGUCUCACGCGCACCAACAGCAAUGGCAACCUAUACGGGAACAAGGCCUUGGAAUCUGCCUUUUACGCUCUUAAAGCCACCGAGCCACCAGAUGUAUCGACCGAGAACGUUGUCAUCAUGAAGACCAAGCAGUACCUGCAGUGUGCAGUUCAAGCCGCUAAGGUCGCGCUUAAUCACCAGCUGUUGUGCAUUGUGAUGAACCAGAUGACGAACAUGUUCUUUAAGAAUAUCGUUGGCGACCAAGCGGAGAAGUCGGUGCGGGCAGGUAGAACACUCGCAAGGAAAUCGCAGAAUAAGCUGUGGAUGGCGGUGGCAGAUCGUAUGUAUUCGAAGACGCUGGAGCGAUGUGGAAAGUUGGACGAGGCUGCAGCAGCUAGACACUCUGCACAGGAAGCUAUGCAGGCUCUGCCAGAGUCCUUGAAAGCGGCAGUGCUACUAGAUGGAAUGGCUGACACUCGAAUGUCCGAGAUUUGA